UAUUUGGAACAAGCUGCGCGUGCCUGCUCUCGCGCGGUCCGUCAGUGUCAAACAAGACACCUUUACAGCGCUUUUAACCAGACUCGUACAGCAAUAUCCUACUAAAAUAGGUGGUCUUGUCUUCCCUGCGCCGUAGCUUUGCCUGUCCAUCGCUCGUACUGCGCAGCUGCGCUAGAGGGAGCGUCGCGUUAAUUAACCGACCUCCACGAGCAUGCGCAGGAAGCGGGGACGCGCGGCGCGCGGAGGAGCUCGGCUGUAGUGCACACGCACAGAUGGACGCUGGCGCGCAGGACGGUUGCCAUGAGGACUAUAUAAUGAACAGCGUAGACCCCGAUCCAAAUGCAGAAGCUUAUAUGGACUUCAUGAAGAAACACUGUUGUUAUGAUGCAAUUCCCACCAGCUGCAAACUAGUCAUUUUUGACACCACACUGCAGGUAAAGAAGGCCUUCUUUGCUUUGGUUGCAAAUGGCCUGAGAGCGGCCCCUUUAUGGGACAACAAACUGCAGAGAUUUGUGGGUAUGCUGACAAUCACAGAUUUCAUCAAUAUUCUUCAUCGGUAUUACAGGUCACCUAUGGUUCAGAUCUAUGAAUUGGAGGAACACAAGAUUGAGACAUGGAGAGGUGAUUCAUUUCAAAACGUCUAUCUGCAAUAUCACGAUCAAUGUCUCAUCAGUAUCACACCGGAUGCGAGCCUCUUUGACGCGGUCUACUCUUUACUGAAACACAAAAUCCACAGGCUGCCAGUCAUUGACCCAGAGUCUGGAAAUGUCCUUCACAUACUGACCCAUAAGAGAAUCCUCAAGUUCCUUCAUAUAUUUGGAGCCUCAGUGCCCAAGCCAUGCUUCUUGAAGAUGCAAGUUAAAGAUGCAGGAAUAGGAACUUUCACAGACGUGGCGACUGUCUCACAGACGGCCACUGUGUACGAUGCACUUUCUGUGUUUGUUGAGCGACGUGUUUCCGCUCUCCCAGUGGUGGAUGACGAUGGCAAGGUGGUCGCCCUGUAUUCCAGAUUUGACGUGAUUAAUCUUGCAGCGCAGAAAACCUACAAUAACCUGAGCAUGAGCAUGCUGGAGGCGGUGCGGAGGAGACGCUGUUAUGUGGAAGGAGUCAUUAAAUGUUACCCUGACGAGACUUUGGAAACUGUUAUUGACAGAAUCGUCAAGGCUGAGGUUCAUAGGCUGGUGCUUGUGGACAGAGAAGAUGUGGUUCGGGGAAUAAUCUCUCUCUCAGACCUGCUGCAGGCCAUAGUUUUAUCUCCAGCAGGUAUUGAUGCCCUGUUUUCCUAGCCUGAGAGGAGAUGUUUUCUCCUGUUACCUCAUCUAACCAGCACUAGUAUCCAGGUAGGCUUUACUGCCUUCCCAGCCUAGCUUUGCCAACACAUGCACUGCUGCUGCGCAUAGUACUAGUCAAAAGUUUGGACACACCAAACUCAGAACAAAAGUAAAAUCAUCCAAACUAUAUAAUGGAAGUGGAAAUGGAAUGGAAUUA